AUGGUUGCAACUCGAAAAAAGGAACUAGCUUUAAUAUCCGCCGGUGAUGGUUUUAAUAGACCAUCGCUUGAAUCCAUAUUAUUUGAAAUUACGAUUAAUAAUAAUGUUGCUGCCAAAACUAAACCAUUCGCUGAUAUUACAAAUAUGAGUAAUUUUGGCACGGGAGAAGAAGAAAUACUAUUAUCGAUGGGAAGCUUACUAUUACGACAAAUGGGAGAAUAUAAAAAAGCGGAAAAAUAUUAUCAAAUGAUGCUCGAUGAAUUACCAAUAGAUCAUUGUCGAGUUUCAGUAAUAUUAAAUAAUAUGGGAAUAUUAUAUAGUGAUAUGGGUAGUGAUAAAAAGGCAUUAAAAUAUUAUAAAAAAUCAUAUGAAAGUUGUAAAAUGCAAAAUGUAUCAGAAAAUGAUCUUCUGUUAGCGAAUUUAUAUCAUAAUAUGGGUUCAUUGUAUCAUGAAAAUAAUGAUAAUGAAACAGCAUUGAAAUAUUUUAGAAAAGCUUUUGAAAUUUGUAAUAAUAAUUCUAGCUACCCAGUCGUUUAUUAUCUGCAACAUUAUAUACAGAUAUCAGUGGAAUAUCUCGAGAUAAUGAAGAUUUUUAAUGCAUUAUAUGAGUUGCAAAGCACAUUUGAAAUUCAAAAAAGAAUUCUGCCCUCAUUGAGAAUUGCUGCAACAUACAAUAACAUAGGAGGUGUUUAUCUUUGUAAAGGUGAUUACGAAAAAGCAUUACAAAACUUUGAAACAGCACUGGAUAUUGGAUUAAAAUCGUUACCAUCUGAUCAUGAAAAUAUGUUAUGUCAAACAUAUUGUGAACGUAUAAAACUUGCUAAAGAAAGAAUUAAGUAA